GUCGCCGAAGCCAUUUUCUGAUCUGCUUCCCAAAUAACGCGCACGUCAGUUCUAUUUAUCGCCCACUGACACAACAACGGAGCGGGAAGAUUCGAAAUGCCCAAGGUAACUCCAGGAAAAGAAGCAGGUGUUAAAAGGGGGAGGGGGAAGUCUUCUUCCACCACAAAAGGAACCCCUAGUCUACAGACUAGUGGUAGAAGAAGAGGUAGAGGAGGAGGAGGUGAGGCCAAUGAUGGUGGUUCUAGUCAUCAGUCACAAGAGAGGAAGAGAAAGAAGAGAGGGAGGGAAGAGACGGAGAGAACUGUUGGGAAUAGGGAAAAGAGGAGGCGCGAAGUGAGAGGAGUGGUUGACUCUGAAGAGGUGGAAGAGAGGGGGAGAAAUGGGGAGAGAAAAGGGAGGAUGGGGAGAGGAGGUGUGGAGCAGAGGGAGAGGAGUGGGAGAGGGGAAAGUGUGGAGAAGAAGGGGAGAGGGAGAGCUAAAGAAGUGAGAGUGUCAGACGCAACCACUGCCAAGUGGACACCAGUAUCUCGUGCAGCCAGGGAGCUCCUCAGUAACACAAUGAUCUCUGCUCUGGGGCAGUGUAUGGAGGAAGUGAGGGGACCAAAGAAAAGACUUGCUGAGACUGCCAUCCAGCAAGUUAUACAGAGGGUGGAGUGUGAGGUGGGGGCCGUGAAGGCUCCGCCCAGCAAGAGGAUAAAGCAAGGUUCUGCCCUCAGACAGAGACUGACUGAGCUGAAGGAGCAGUGUUUUGACCUGAUGAGUCGAAACGAAGAGAUGGAGCGAACAGCUGAAGAGAGAAAAUUGUUCUGUAAGGAGAAGAGUAAAGUAGUGGAGCAAUUUGAGGAUGAUGCACAGGGGCUACCUCCUGCACACCCUCCACCUCCUGACAUGUCAGAUUUAGACCAGGAGACAUUCAGGGCACACUUUCAAGAACUUUUGUUACACACUCCGGAAACUGUUAGAACAAAUGCUCUCUCCCUCUGACACUUUUCACCUUCACCCAGUGUCAUUCUAUUCAACAUUUUAACACUGAAAAUAGUUGAACACUGCACAUUAUGUGGUCUUUCUCAAUUGUCUGACGUGUCCUAGAGGUUGUCCAUACAACACACUGUCGCCUGGACCCACACAGAACUCAAACUCCUCGGGGGCUUGGAACACCAGAACAAUGGUGGAGCCCAUCUUGAAUGUCCCCAACUUUUGCCCUUUGCCCAACCUCAUCCCUGCCUCUCCUCCCCCCACUCCGCCUCUCCUCGGCAGAGACUGGUCCGAGAACUGACCCAUCACGUAUUUGCCUCUCUGGUUCGUCCUCAGCUCCUCAUCAAUGGUGAGACUGAUGCUGCCCACUAUAGUAGCUCCGACAGCCGCAAACGAGAAGAAGCCAUACUCCCACUGCCCGAGGAGUAAGACCCUCUCGUUAAGAUUGAAGAGGCCGGGCAUUGUCUUGACUGCCCACGGAGCUACUGUUAUGAGCUCUCCUGUAAAGGUAUGUACAGAGAAUAUAAUUAUAUCACAACAACUCCAAUGCUGCCAGCAACAUGUCCUGAACAAUUAAGGUGUUACUAUAUACCAACUCUAUUGGGCCUAUCAUUUUUAGCCCAUUCACCAAACUUCCUACUCCUAC